UAUACAGUUCACCACAGAUCACCGUUGAGUACACCUGUACACGAAACGAUAUGGAUGUGCUGACGGCGGCGAGCCAGAGCGAGAACUUCUCGGGGUCGGGGUCGGACGGCGGCGCCGACCCCCAGAUCCCGGUGCUGCGCAUCAACCAGCUGGACGCCUUCGAGCUGGACUCGUCCCUGGAGCAGCUGAUCUGGGGCCAGUUCACCCAGUGCUUCCGCGGCUGCCGGCCGGGCCUGCUGACGCCCGCCGAGCCGGAGCUCAAGGCCCUGCUCGCGCUGCUCCUCUGGAGGUUCACCCUCUACUCCGACGGCGCCACGGUGGGGCAGGCCCUGCUGAGCCUGCGUUACCACGACAACACCCGCCAAACCGCCGCCACCUCGGCCUCCCCUUUGACCCCCGCCUCCAGCUACAGACCCCUGACGCCGGGCCAGAGGCUGGGCCUGGCCCUUUUCACCGUGGGCCCCCGCUGGCUCCGAGAGCGAUCGCACAGCCUGCUGCUCGCCCUGGGCUUGAGCUCGGGGCCGGCGGGCGGAGGGGCCGCACCGACGGACGGCGGCCCCCUCCGCCGGGGCCUCCGCCGCUCCCUGACGCUCCUCUCGGCCGCCGCCCAGAUCGCCGGCCUCCUCAACUUCCUGGUGUUCCUGCGCAACGGACGCCACCCGGCGCUGGCGGAGCGCGCGGUGGGGGCGCGGGCCGUCUUCAGCCGGCCCAACGCCGGCCGCGACGUCAGCUACCAGGUCAUGAACCGCGAGCUGCUGUGGCACGGCUUCGCCGAGUUCCUCAUCUUCCUGCUGCCGCUGGUCAACGCGCGGAAGGCCAAGGCGGCGUUCUACUCCCUGGUGCUCGGCCGGGAGGCGGAGAGGCCCGGCACGGUGGACGGCGUCGGCGUGUGGCGGGAGUGCGGCUUCUGCGGGGAGUGGCCCACCAUGCCGCACACGACGGGCUGCGGGCACGUCUUCUGCUACUACUGCGUGAAGAGCCACGCCGUGGCCGACGCCUACCUCACCUGCCCCAGGUGCGGCGCGGAGGCGGGGCUCCCGAAGCCUGUCAACAUGGAGGUGGAGAUGGAGGCGAGGUGACGACGGAGUGCUGCGUCGUGUUUGAGUACAGACUCGGGGAGAUAGUCGUGGGUUUGAUUUCAGAUUUCAUUUUUUUUAUCUGUGCCAUGUCGAUAAAUACGCUACUCUAUCCGGGAACAAAGAGUAACAUUUGUUAUCAUUACGUAUGAUUGAAUUAGUGGCCCGAUUGGUGAUACUUGAAAGCUGAUAUACUAAUCAAAUACACAGGGCAUGAGCUCUCUAAUCACAACCCGUUUAGAUGGAGACAGCGGUCGUCGCGAUAACGGUCGAUAGAGUUGAACCGAUACCGCUCAAGGACAAUAAAUACAGAGUUUUUAAUCAACCCUUUGGCUGAAGUCGGGCUCCGGGUUGAAAGACUGUGUCUGCCCACGGCCCUCCCUGCGGAAGGCCGGCCCGGGCUCGGGCUUGUUUGAGCGGACUCCGGCGAUCCCCAUGACGUCUCAAUGUUGUCCGAAUACACACAGAACAGACCUGUGUAAUGUAUGUGUGCAUAUAUUGACAGUCCCUCGGCCCCCCCUCCUCCAUUCCUCCGGCUGGACUUUGGACCCAACUAUUUGUCAUUGGUGCACUUGACCGACUGCAGAGAACCACACAGAGCAUAUAUUUGAUGAAGAAAACGAGUUGAUUUAUGCCCCGGAUUUUUUGUGUCCGUUUCUGUGUGUGUGCGCGUGUGUGUGUCUGUGAGAAUGUAUGAGUUUGUGUUUGUUGAAAUGGGAAUAUUUGUUCUGAUGAAAAAUGCAGAAAGUCGGCUAAAUAAAUAAUGGGAGGAAUUUCUGAUGCCUCUCAUCACGGUCAAAUUAGCAUUUGUUGUGUAUUUUGUGCCUAAAUUCUAUUUCAACAUCAUUAAAAUUGAUAG